GCUGGGAGGCGGGAAGGGAGGAGGCAGAUGAGAGGGGGAGAUCAAGGGACAGACAAAGGUAUGAAGAGAUGUAGCCGAGACAGUAAACGGAUAGAUGGGAGCGACGGAAUCGGCAGGAGGAAAAAUCAAUCUUCCCAACACCAUCGAGCAGAUAUUCUGGAGUUGAGCUGUUCUGGUCUGCAUGAUGCCACCACCGUGAUUUCCCCACUGCUGCCUUUACCACGGAGUACAGGAGCAACCUGUGCUGGAGCAGGAGCCUGUUGCCUGGAUACCUCUGCCGUCGCCACGGCGGCAAAAAGCCAAGACUGAGGCGCGUGCAUGCCCGUGUGAGCUGUGUGGCUGGUGUCAGUGCCAUGAGAAAAACACAGCUGGCUGGCAGUUUGGAUGGCUCCCUCGCACGUCCUCUCCCUGCUUGUUCUCUGACAUUGCAUGUAUGAAUGAAGAAGGAAUCUCCCUGCUACGGAGGCUUCGAGGAGAGCCAGAGAGAGAGGCUGGGUGUGUGACGGGGGUUGGCUGGCACCCUGCAUUGGAUGGUGAUGAAGAAGGCUGAUUUGUAGAGGGGGAGAGAAAAGCAUUUGAAAACCACCUCAACAAAGGAGCUAAAGAGUGGAGGUACCAGGGGCACAAGACCCCAAGACGGGGAGGGUAAGGUACAGAGGAGUGGCCUGCUGGGGGAGGCAAAAAAAGGGCUGCUUGCUGGGUCCCUUCAGCUAGAAGAUUGCACGGAGCCAUGCAGAUCCAGUCGUCAGCUCCUCACUGUAAAGCCUCCAGCUUCAUCCUCAGUCAGAGAUGUGUGCUGGCCUCCAAAAUGGAAAUUCACCGUGAACAGAGCAUCUGCCAGGCACGAGCCGCUGUCAUGGUGUACGACGAUGCCAACAAGAAGUGGGUCCCUGCUGGAGGCUCCACGGGCUUCAGCAGAGUCCAUAUCUAUCACCACACGGGCAACAACGCCUUUCGCGUGGUAGGACGCAAGAUCCAGGAUCAUCAGGUGGUGAUAAACUGUGCCAUUCCCAAGGGGCUGAAAUACAACCAGGCCACGCAGACCUUCCAUCAGUGGCGUGAUGCUCGGCAGGUCUACGGGCUCAACUUCGGCAGUAAGGAGGACGCCAAUGUGUUUGCCAGUGCCAUGAUGCAUGCACUGGAGGUGCUCAACUCCCAGGAUACAGGCCCCACGCUGCCCAGACAGGCUCCACAGGUUCAGAAUGGCCCCUCACAAGAAGAGAUGGACCUGCAGAGAAGGCAGCUCCAGGAGCUUCAGCGGCAGAAGGAGAUGGAGCGGGAGCGCCAGGAACGCGAGCGUCAGGAAAAAGAGCGCCAGGAACGUGAGCGUCAGGAGCGGGAACGUCAAGAACGCGAGCGCCUAGAGCGAGAGACACUGGAGCGGCAGGAACGCGAGCGCCAGGAGAGGGAGGCGCAGGCGGAGAGGGAGCGACUGGAGCGAGAGCAGCAGGAGCGCACGGAGCGCGAGAUGAUGGAGAGAGAAAAGGCAGAGAAGGAGCGGCUGGAGAAGGAGCAGCAGGAGCAGUUGGACAGAGACCAGCAGGACUGGGAGAGAGGGAGACGCAUCUCCAACGCCGCCUUUGAAAGCACGCUCUACACUCCCACACCUCAAGAGUACGGCAGGACCUCCUCCACGCCUGUAUCUCCAUCCACACCAACUUUUCCAGCCCCCAACACACCCUCACCCUCCUCCACCGCUCCCCCGACCCCACCACUCAGACAGUCGGCCUCCCGAUUCGCCACCUCGCUUGGUUCUGCCUUCCACCCCGUCUUGCCACACUACGCCACAGUUCCAAGGCGGCAGCCAGCUUUUCCACAAGCCCCGGCUCCAGCUCCAGUCCCUGCCCCCACCCCUUCCACUCCACCUAAGUCUGUGGUGUGGUCAGCGUGUAACUUCACCCCAUUACCACCCUCACCCCCUGUCAUGAUCAGCAGUCCCCCAGGAAAGGCCACAGGCCCACGGCCUCUCAUCCCUGUAGCAGCGCAGUCCCCACUCAGCCAGAAGCCCCCAUCACCAUCACCCAACGGCCCACCCAUGUUCCCCGCACCUUCACCUGUUACCAUCCCACACAGCCACACCCCACUCGGAAUCAGCUGCCCCACUCCGCCUCCGCCACCCACCCCUCCCCCUCUUCCUUCACCCAUGGGUGUCCCCGUGUCGUCUUCGUCCGUCUCGUCUCCCCCCUCCUCAUCCCAGGCUCCUAGUUUGCCCUCUCCCUCCACAGCACCCCCUGCUGCUGCAGCUGCCGCCACCUCUGUCUCUGCUGAGCACCUAUCCCUCCCCGUGGGUCUGGGGUCACUGGAAUCGGACACGGCCGCAGGCCCAGGGCCCCUCCCAGCUCAGGGGGGCUCCUCCUGUCAGCCCCAGCCCCAGGCAGACGUGACUCAGACCCCAGCGCUGACCACCCCCACCCCUCCCCCACCUCCCCCCCUGCCACCCGGCUCCACUGUGACCUCUCCAGCCGCCACCCCCACCACCCCGGCUGGCCACCCUCCUCCACCACCACCUCCUCCUCUCCCUCCCACCCUGACUCCAGGCGGGACGCCACCUCCUCCACCAGGUCCACCUCCUCCUCCUGGAGCCCCACUACCUCCCCCGGCACCACCCCUUCCUGCCGGACUCUUUUCUCCUGCAGAGGACCGCCCCCUCUCUGGCCUGGCCGCCGCCCUCGCUGGAGCCAAGCUGCGCAAAGUGCCAAGGAGUGACGAUGCAGGGGCAGCUCUGGCAGCAGCCUUGUCAGGGGCGGCAGGGGCCAAAACUGAGACCAGAGGUAACGGGCCUUUACCAGGAGGGGGAGGACUUAUGGAGGAGAUGAGCGCCUUACUGGCCAGAAGGAGAAGAAUCGCAGAGAAGGGCUCCUCACCAGAACCUGAUCAGAGAUCAGAGGAGGGUGAGAUUAACACAACCCCGAAAGUGUCUGCCUGUAGCACACCAGACAUGCCCAGGAAACCGUGGGAAAGAACAAACACCAUGAAUGGUAGCAAAUCUCCAGUGAUUGGAAGACCCAAAUCCACCCCGACACCUACUGCAUCCUUAAGUGCCAAUGGUGUGCCAACAGAAUCUGUUGAUUAUGACCGACUGAAACAGGACAUUCUUGAUGAAAUGAGAAAAGAGCUGUCAAAACUAAAAGAAGAGCUUAUUGAUGCAAUCAGGGAGGAGCUGGGCAAGUCCAGCACUGCGUAGAGGAUCCAUGCUCCCUUUUCUCAACACCUACACCCAUGUGACCAGAAAGCCAAUCACAGGCCAUUUAUGACAAGACAAUUUAACGCCAGAGCAAACAGAAAAAGUGGAGAUGGUGACUAUGACAACAAUCAUAUUAUCCCACAGAAAGGACUGAAUUUGGUGCGGAGCGGUGUCAGAUGGAACAGCAGUGUGCAGGGUGAAAGUGGGAAGCUGUAACUUACAGAAUCCUCUCAGCAGUUCCUGCUGCCCCCUCUCACCCCUAAGCCUCGCCCCACCCGCCUGCCAAGGGUAUCACCUCCUGGAGGACAGGGCAGUCUGCCAGAGAAGUGACUGUCUUUAUGCAAACACGGUUUCUCUUUUUGUCCCACAGUAACAAUGGCACCUAUAUACAACACAGAACUCCUCACUGAUGCUGUGGUAACAGCUGAUGUUCAGAAUCAGAACUCCUAUCAGAUGCUUGGUUGAGAGAGCUUGGAGACAGGAAGAAGGCUGGGACAGAACUAAAGAACUUUUUCCCAUAAUGCCAUUGGGGUAGCGCAUGUGUGUGAGUGUGUGUGAGCGCGUAUGAGGGACUGCCAGUCUCUGCUAUAGUCCACCUCUGCAGGACACUGUAAAGCUAGUCUUCCUCAAAUGCUAUUUUAACCUGAAUAUGUACAAAACAAAGAGAGAGUUAUUUAGAGAGAAAGUAUCUAUCAACCACGUCUGUUUUGGUGUAGAUCUAUAGUACGGCCAUAUCUCGUAGCUCAAUAAUCCCGUUUUUUAACAGGACACCCUCAUGUCUGUCUGUUCGUUGGUGGACUCCUAACCUGAUUUGUUGUAUUGUCUGAAGUUUUCUACUCAUUUAUUUCUCUGUAACAAUCAAUGGCAGGCGGAUGAGACUCGGAGGGGAGGUGCCCUCCAUUGUAGCUCUUCUCCAAGAUUUGUGUUAUAGGGUUAGAGUCAUUCAUGCAGGCACCCUUCUCUCCAUUCGUCAUACUUGGGUGCUCUGUUGGAGUCGUGUAAGGUCGUUUUUUUUUUUUUUUUUUUUUCACUCUAAUACAGUGAGGAUCACAAGUCUGCCACGAAACUGCAUGAACUGUCUCAAGUUUCAUGACGAGCAAUAAGUGUAGCAUUAGCCCCAAGCCCCACUCUCACCAUCCCAACGUCACCACAGGUUUGAAGCAUCCUUCUGAAAUGAAAUCUGUUGUGGAAAACUAUCAGAGCAGCACUGUAAACCAUACUUAAUUCUGAAAUGGCUAUACUCCUUUGUUUUUAGCCUUUUUUCUAUCAAAUCCAAUAUCUUUAGCUGCAUUUUUUGUAGAUAAUUCACAUUUUUUUACUAUAAGACAUCAAUAACAUAGUACUUCAGAAACGUUCACCAUUCAGCCCACAUGUGUACCAGAUGGUGUCCAUGCAGGGACACGAAUGUGCCAUUUAUUCUUUCUCUAGUGCUUACUAAUAAUGUGUCUCUUGUUUCUUUCUUGCCUUUACUUUCUGCUGCUGUUAAAUUCAUCAGAGGAGAAACUGCAUUUCCUAUUCCUUUAUAUCUAUAAAAGGCUUUUUUCAGUUCUACAUUGUUUAUUUAGCUAAAAAGUCAAAGUACAAUCAAUUGAGAGGGACGCGAUACAAGUUUAGAGACUGAUGUCUAAACAUUGAAGCUGUGGAUUACAGAUUAGCGGUUAGAGAGCAGACAAACCAUUUAAAGCCCAAGUUCUAGCUCAGUAUUCCUGUUUUGUCCUAAUUGGGUCCUGAAUAGGGAGUUCCACCAGUGCAGUGUAACCAAAGAAACACAUUACAGUUGCACCUGUAGGGAAAUCUUAAAACUCAAAAAACUCAAAUUUUUUAGUAUUUCAGCUGUUCUGUCAUCAUUUUGAUCUUGACUUUAAAUUCUGCACAAAAUAGCAAGUCGUGUUUUCUGUGAAAAUCCACACACCAAAGAACAAAGGAGUCCAAUUCAUCUCAAAGAAUCUGGGCAGUAAAAUUAUGAAUCAACACAAAGACGCAGACUAGGUCCUAAGAGCUGAAACUAAAACCAUAAAUCUUGAAAUUUUCUAUUUGAUUUUAUGAGGGAAUGAAAUGCCUCUGUGUGCAUAUAUUAGCCACAGUAGACUGUUGGAACUAGAGAUGCACUGAUUAGGCUGAUAUUGGUUUGAUCCUGUUUGGAUUUCUCUUCAACAGCUAGAAGGCAUAGGAUUUUCCCAAUAUCCUGCUGUGCAGAGGUGAUGCAACAUACCCAGAGAGCACAAAGUAAAAUUGUCAAUGUAAAUAUUCUAGAAAGUGUAGCUUCUGAUCCUAGCUUGAGAUUUAUAAAAAGCUAUCAACAUCUCUAAAUCCAGCCUGUUUCAUUAGGAGGUGAAACCCAAAAAUGAUGGAGCACUUUAGCUGUACACAGCCUUCCUGUUAUCUGCUGAAAGUCUUACGCUCUCUAACGCAGCCCGAAUGAACUGCAGGCACGUUUAAAUACUGUAUUAGAUCUCUAUGCUUCCUCUGACUUUAUCUUAAAUGUCUCACUGAUGCUCAAGCUAGCGAAACUUGAUUAUUCUUCCCUGACAAACAAUAUUCUCUGCAAAAGUUUUACCAGCACAACCUAAUAGUAAGUAGGUGUGCUCCAUUUACUGACUGGGAAAAAAAUCAGAUUUUUGGCUUUCCAACAGAUUGUCACUGAUCUGGGUCAGACAAGCUGAACAUAGACAUAUUCUGGUCACCAGCUGAUUUGUCUGAGCAUCUUUACUUGUAAGAGUUCUGUUGGCUCUGUUGUAUGUAUAUCAGAAUUUGAAUACGUAAAAAAUCCUGCCCAUCUUUUAUAAUUUAUGGCCAAGGGAAGUAUUUGGUCCUAAGUGUCUGCCUGUAGUGGUGGAAACCUCCCCUGGAUCUCAUUCAACACAACUCUGUUAAAGGGCUUUGAUGUCAUAGCUUUGCUACAAACUAUGAGACAUCACACUCGGUCAUCUCUCUGAUCAGAAAGCGCCAUGACGAAAAGCAACGGUUGUCACUUUACUCCAACAGAUAGCAUCAUCUUUUAAUUCAACUAUCUAUGUUGUCCAGUAGGCACGUUCUGGCUCUAUAUGUUACUAAUACAAACUCAUCUUCACAUCCACCUUUUUCUGAUAAAAGCAGCCAGCCGUCAGGUUUCCUGAGCUGCACAUUUACUCAGAAAUGAUUGCACUUUAAGACGAAAACUGGCAACGCAAUCCAGCAUCCCUUAAAAGCAGUCAUUUAGGGCCUCUGUUGCCAGCAGCGUGGCUCUCUCACCAAAGGAUUUAAGCCAGUCGCCUCCUGCUAAACACCAUCACUCAACAAAGUCGCCUUUCUAAUUUUUGUAUCAUCCUGUCAAGAGACCUAAAAGCAAAGGUGUUUUGGGUGUCAGUUGAAGUGCUAUGAUGGGGGGAGGGAGAAUCUUUGUAAAGCGAUGUGGUUUGUGCCUUGUUCCGAAGUUGCAUUUAAUGUCAAAGAUUUAAAAGUAGUAUGUAGAGGCUGUUAUGGUUUUCUUCAUAUGUUGUCUUCAUGGUCUGACUCGGUUAAAGGGAGUGUUAAGUCAGGUUUGGUAUCGUUUCCCACCAAUAAAACACCUUUGCACCAAGAUAUUUUUAACCUAAAAUGUUGAAAUUUAAACAUAUGUUAAUUGUUUUUCCUACGGUUCAGAGAUACAAUCAAGCUGUUAACAUGAAAUUAACUUCAUUCUGGUGUAAUGUUUUUAUAUGAACUUAAAUUUCUGAUUGGAAAUGCAGAUGAUGGGCAUCUUCAAAUGUCCAAGACUGUUACUGGUUCGGCAUCUUUACAUUUAAACCUAAUCCAGUUCUGAGCUGUGCUCCACAUUAACGAUGUGAAGGAAGUUUCUCUGUAAAUCAAGUUCUCUGCAGAGGAAAAUGAAAGUGGGACAUGACCCUGGCUGCAUAUAGGUGGAUUCUUUUCUCGUCUGCAUUGUACCAUACUGUUACUCAUGUUAAUCAGUCUUUUCUUACUUCCUAACAAGCUGUUUUGUUUGAGCAAAUAAAAUAAAAGUUGCAAUAAAAGGUAAUGAAUGGUUUCGUGUUUAGCUACUUUGUGUGUCAGGUAAGCAUGUGAUUUUAAACUUGGAGUCAAGAUAUAGCAAAUUGAAAAUAUUGUAAAAAUGUUCCAUUG